AUGGAAUCAGCAGGAAAGCGAGGAAGCUCGGAUGCUUCGAGCGAAGAAAACGAUGAUGAUCAAGUCAAGUGCCACACGGAGGCAACCACCAAACGCUCCUACGAAUGCAUCUUCUGCAAGCGUGGCUUCACCAACGCUCAGGCCUUGGGAGGGCACAUGAACAUACAUCGAAAAGAUCGAGUCAAGGCUAAGCAACCGACAAGCUCUGCAGUUCUGAGCAUGAACCCUAGAUAUGCUCCUACAAUCCCAACUUAUGCACCAUCAAGGUACCAUCAGAUUGUGGAGGCUCAAAUUCAAACGAAUCAUCACAUGUAUUUCCAGCCACCACUGUCUAGCGCUAGACUCCCAUAUGCUCCUGCGAGGUCGCGAUCAUUGAGCAUCAAUGAAGAGCUCUUGAAUGCAAAUUUUAGCCUACAAAUUGACCCUACAAAAGUAGAUGAAAAUGAAAUGACGAGGAAGGGAAUCAUGAAAGAAGAUGAAGUAGACUUGGAGCUUCGACUCGGUCACGAUCCAUAUCGUUAUAAUUAA